UUCUCCUCAAACUCCAUUCCUUUCUUCUUUUGCUCCUUCUUUUUCUACCACUCACUCUUAUUGCUUCUCUCAGACCAUUCCCACACGCCCAAUUCGGAUCCUGACCUCGUCAAGCACCUCAAAGGGAUCAUCAAGUUUCGUGGAGGCCCAAUCUCAGUAGGUGAGUACAUGUCAGAAGUUCUGACGAAUCCUAAAGCUGGCUACUAUAUCAACCGAGAUGUGUUUGGAGCAGAAGGUGAUUUUAUCACCUCUCCUGAAGUAAGCCAGAUGUUUGGUGAGAUGGUUGGUGUCUGGGUGAUGUGUCUAUGGGAGCAAAUGGGGCAACCUGAAAGAGUAAAUCUGAUUGAACUUGGUCCAGGUCGAGGAACUCUUAUGGCUGAUCUUCUUCGGGGUGCUUCAAAAUUUAAGAAUUUCACGAAGUCAUUGAAUGUACACCUGGUGGAAUGUAGUCCAGCACUACAGAAACUUCAGCACCAAAAGUUGAAAUGUGUUGAUGAAGAAAAUGAAGCCCAAGAUACUGUUAAAAGAACCAUCAGCUCAUUGGCUGGUACUCCUGUUUCAUGGCAUACCUUGCUGGAAGAGGUUCCUUCAGGAUUGCCAACAAUUAUCAUUGCACACGAGUUCUUUGAUGCCCUACCUAUCCAUCAAUUUCAGAGAGCAUCUCGUGGCUGGUGUGAGAAAAUGGUCGACGUCGCUGAAGAUUCAUCGUUUCGUUUUGUUCUAUCUCCACAGCCUACACCUGCUGCUCUGUAUCUAUUGAAGCGGUGCAAGUGGGCAACAACUGAGGAGAUAUCAAAACUUAAUCAAAUUGAAGUUUGCCCCAAAGCUAUGGAGUUAACUGAGACCAUUGUCAAUAGGAUAAGUUCGGAUGGCGGUGGCGCUUUGAUCAUUGACUAUGGCUUGGACGGAGUCAUCUCAGACAGUCUCCAGGCGAUUCGGAAACACCAGUUUGUCGACAUACUAGAUAAUCCUGGAUCUGCUGAUCUUAGUGCCUAUGUUGAUUUUGCAUCAAUCAGACAUUCUGCGGAGGAAGCUUCAGGAGAGGUGUCUGUACACGGGCCAAUUACUCAAUCUCAGUUUCUUGGAAACCUUGGAAUAAAUUUCCGUGUUGAAGCACUGCUUCAGAACUGCACAGAGGAGCAGGCUGAAUCUUUGAGGACAGGUUAUUGGCGCCUUGUAGGUGAUGGUGAAGCACCCUUUUGGGAAGGUUCAGAUGAUUGUGUUCCAAUUGGCAUGGGUACCCGCUACAAGGCAAUGGCAAUAGUGAACAAGAAACAGGGUGCUCCAGUUCCUUUCCAAUAAAAUAUAAAUAAAGCCAACGUAAGAGUAGUUUUAGAGCUUUUUUGGUUUAUAUUUUAUUGUAAGAGUUUCAUGUUGUAUAACUCUCUCAUCGUAAUAAGGGAAAAUAACAAUUAAUCUCUCUCCACUAA